AAGAUUAGACAUUAGACGACAUCCAGGAUUUACAAUUUUGUGUAGGUUGUGUUUUGCCAGAUUGUGUUUAAGAAAAAGAAACAUCAUUGUCCAUUGAAAAUGUCUGGAAAGGAUUCUGCAAAUUCUAGUGAAACCGAAAAUCUUUGCGUCGUUUGUUUUAAGAGCGUGGACAUAUAUUCCAUAGGAUCCUGCGAUCAUGCUGUCUGUUUUGAGUGCUCCACCAGGAUGAGGGUGCUCUGCAAGCAAAAUGAGUGCCCCAUUUGUAGACAGGUCUUGCCCAAAGUGGUAUUUACCAAAGCAAUCGAACCCUUUUCAUCUCUGUUGUCUAGAUUCGAGCGUUCGAAUCUUCAGGAUCGCAGAUUCGGCAUAUUCUUCUGUACCUCAGAUAUCCAAAAAGCGUAUCAUAGAUUGUUGGAGCAUCGAUGCGCAUUAUGCGAAGAUACCGAAAGAAAAUGGCCUUUUAAAACCUUCCAACAAUUGAAAGAUCACAUGCGAAGGGAACAUGAACUGUUCUAUUGUGACAUUUGUACUGAAAACCUUAAAAUUUUCAGCUUCGAAAAGCGCUGUUACAAUCGCCAAGAGUUGGGGCUUCACAGAAGAAAAGGAGAUCCGGAUAAUACGUCUCAUAGAGGGCAUCCAUUAUGUGAAUUUUGUGACGAGAGGUUCAUGGACAGCGAGGAAUUGUUCAGACAUCUUCGACGGAUCCAUUUGUUCUGUCAUUUUUGCGAUGCUGAUGGCAAACAUCAGUUUUACAACAACAUGGAUGAUCUAGUGCGGCAUUUUAGAGAAGAACAUUAUCUUUGCGAAGAGGGAGAGUGCAAAGGAAUGCCCCUCACGGCUGUUUUUAGGACUGAUAUUGAUUGUAAAGCUCACAAAGCGACUGAACAUAGUAGAUUCAUGAGUAAAUCUGGAGCUAAACAAGCAAGAACACUAGAAUUAGAAUUCACAUUAACACCGAGACCUAGACCCGGCCAAGAAAUGAGACUUAGGAAAUAUAACGAUCGGAGCCACAGGCUGGACGAAGGUUCUUCUUUAAACACGUAUAACAUGGAGCCUGGUGGACCAGGCGGAGGUAUGGAGGAAGAACGGGGAAGAGUAUUCGUUAACCCUUUAACACCCAACGAUUUUCCUGCAUUGGGUGGUGCUUCAAGCAAUAUCACUGUGCAUUCGAGACCUGCAUCUGUGAAUUUCACAUCGAAGGUUAAUUCAAACUUCACAAACGCGGAUUUUCCUACAUUAGGAGCUGUCCAACCUACUAACACAGGUCCAAAAUCAACACCAGGUGUCACUAUCACGACAAAUUCUUCUGUUAGGAAUAGCAGAGCUCCGGAGGUGACGAUAAGAACAGUGCGAGGACAAAAAGGCCUGGCGAAAACGUUGGAGAAUUUUCCUGCUUUGGGUGGUGCUGGCGGCAGUUCUGGAGCUAGUAGUACCGUUAGAUUGAGCGUAAACAAUGCUCAAGAUUCUAGUACGCCGAAAGUAUCCAUUCAAGUGAACCACCGCCCCAACGGAAGCAUAACCACUCACAUCACCACAAGUGCCUCAUCUUCGUUGCAACAGCGCUCCUCUGAAGCUUUCCCGGCCCUGGGAGCCGUGACUACGAUGGUCCAGCCCAAGUGGGUACCGGCAAAGCAAAAGAAAGAACCGAAGGCCAUUAAGGUGGCGCCCGCGCCUCAAUUACCUCCUAGCUCGCUGGACCAGUUUCCGACCCUCAAUAAAAAGAAGAAUUCUGCGUCUGUGCCUGCAUCCAGUAACUGGGUUAACCUCAACAAUUUUGUUAGUGUAAAUUCUAAAAAUAAUUCUAGUAAUAAUAAUUCAAAGACUUAUAGCGAUAACUCAAAAAGUAGUGGUGAUACUAGCAGUAAGAAAGUCGAUAAUAAGCCGACCAGUUCGAGGCCAAAAAGUCAUGUCGAGAGCAAGCUGAACGAUCUCAAAAUCAGCGACAACGAUUCAAAAAACAAAAACAAGAAGAAGAAAGGCAAGUUGACUGAGGUAGAGGCCAACAGAGCUGACGAAACUAACAAUAUCAAUAAUAAUGACGAGCCUAACAUGAACGGUUUUGUUAAAAAACGUUCGGAACUCAAAAUCGGAACUCUGACAACACCGACAGAGUCUUCUGUAACAAAUAACCACGCAGAGAAUACUAAACCUCCUCCCGGCUUUUCUGUGAAACCCCCUCCUGGUUUAAACCGUUCUUCUUUUCCCGCUUUAGGUGCUAGUGACUUCACCUUCACCUCUAGCAGUGGCCAAAGCUACUCCAUAAUGCCUGUUAACAACUACAUACAACCUGCUAAUUUCCAAUCCAGAAAUCAAGACCUCAUAAAACGUUUCAUGAGUGUCUUGGACAACGAUAGCAUCAAGGAAUUCAAAACUUAUUCAGAUUUGUUCAGAAACGGAGCGUAUCCUACUAGUAAAUACUACGAACAUUGCAAAGAAGUUCUUAGAGAUCAGUUUGACGACGUAUUUCCUGAAUUGUUGGUCCUUCUACCGGAUUUGGAGAAACAACAGGAACUGUAUAGAGAGUACGAUGGUAAAAGCAAAAAGUAUCUGCUCGUUUGUGAGAACUGCAAGCAAGUUAUCUUCAAGAGGGAGUUGACGGAACAUUAUAACAGUCAUAUUUUAGAAAACCAGUUUCCUACUUUAGGAAAAACUCAGCAAAUAAACAAUCCUUGGAGAAAGUAAGAGUUUUUUAACAGAAAUUUUUAUUUUGUUGGAAAAUCUAGCUUCAGUUUUUAGACAAGAAUCUUGAUUUUCUUGUCAUUUAGCCAAAGCUAAGACAUACACUGUCGAUGAAGGUAAUUGGAAUAUAUAAAUCCAUUUUUUAUCCCAGUACUUCAUACACUUCUGGUCAAAAAAAUCCUGAUACUUGCAUGUGCAUGUUUUUUAAAUACUCUAGGUGUUAAGGGUUUAAAUGGGGAGGAAGUAAAGCACGAUACAAUAUUUUAUUUCUUUUUCUUCUCCAGCCUUAAGUAAUUCUUGGACAUAGGCCUCCCCCAAUUCAAUCCAGUGUUUUCUAUUUUGCACCACUUGUUUCUUGUGCCCUCCAAUCUUCUUAAUGUCAUCAGCCCAUCUCAUUUGCGGCCUUCUUCUGCUUCUCUUUCCUAGCCACGGUCUCCAUUGUUGUAUUUCGUGAAUCCAUCUUUUAUCCUUCAGUCGGGCAUUGUGUCCUGCGAAGCUUCAUUUUAAUUUGGCAGCAUGUUCUCCUGCGUCUUUUACUUUGGUUUUGCUUCUAAUCCAUUUAUUUAUUUUUUUGUCUACAUGUAAGCCUCACCACGAGCAUUGCUCUUUCCAUCGCUCUUUGUGCCUUUAUAGCCUAAUAAAAUAAAAAAAGUCAAAAUGUAAAUUCGUACAGGUUAAAACAAAUUUUAUAUCAAAGUUUAGGUGGGUACAAAAUAUAUUUUCAAGAAAGUAUCCAAAUCAUACAAGGGGAUCAUUGUUUAAAUAAUUAAAAAGGGGUCAUUUUUGCAAAAAAAUUCUUUUUUAACUGCUGAAGUAAGUCAAUUACCAAUGAAGGAUUUUUUCUGCAAAGUUGAAGGGCAAAUCUUUCACAUAAGACUUACUUAAUUAAAUUUGACCCCCUAUUUAUUUAAAUAAUUGUAUAUAAAACUUUAAAAACAAAUUUGCAAAAAAUAAUUUUUAGCGUUUUAAAUAAGCACUAUAUAAUAUCUUAUUUUACAGACUAAGUUGCGCUAUGUUACCAGUGUUAAGCAAAAAAAAUGGUCUAAAAAUGUUUAAUAUUUUUUGAGAUAUUGAAUUUGUUUAUUAAAUGUUACUAUAUUUCCAAUUGCAAGAACGCGGUUGUUGCCAAAGAAAUAUUCACUUGCUUAAGAUCUCAUUAUUUUUAUGUAUAUUUUCGAUAAAUGUAUUGAUAAAUUCAAAUUUCAAUUAAACUCACCCGUAAAAUGGCAUUUGAAAAUUAUUCAAAUUUGUUUAUAAUUUGUUUUUUUUUAAUAACUUCACGGGAAUUAAGUAUUUCUGAAAUGACGUUUCGAUAAUUGGGUUCCUGGGAAUUUUUUACUAAUUAACAAAAUUCUUUUGGAAUUUUUUCUUCUUCUUUUUUUUUUCUUGGAGUUAUAUUACUACGGGCCCUUUUAGAGUUAAAUUUUAUUAAGAAUGUCGAAUCUCAGAGUUGUAGAUUCUAGACCUAAAAACAUUAAGAUUUAACUAAAAUCUCUUAAAUAAAAUGUGGCUACUUACUGAGUUACAGGGUGUUUUAUUUAAAAAUUUAAAAAUUAUUGUUACCAAGUACUUUUAAUCUAUUUGACGUAUCCUUAUCAUACUUGGCAGAAAGUGUGGCUAUUAUACAUCCUACUAAAUUGUGAUUAAUAAACGUUUCUAGCUAGUGCCAGAGACGUACGACAGGGGAUAGUGAAUGAUUGACCCUUCCCAAAUUCUACGCCACUGAGUGAAUUGGUAUUGUAGCGAAAUUUUUCGAUUCUCCAAUACUUUGUAUGUAAAUAACUUUAUUGGUAUCGAUAAAGUCAUCAGUUUGAGAGAUAUUGGAAGUUUAAAAUGAAUGAAUGAAUGAAUCAAAAUAACUAUGCCGUUUCAUUUUUAACGUCCAAUAUCUCGAAAACUAAUGACUUAAUCUUUACCAGUAAAGAGUAUAUUAUUUACAUAGAAAGUAUUGGAGAAUCGAAAAAUUUUGCUAAACUAGUAAUUCCCUCAGUGGCGUAGAAUUUAAGAAGGGUCAACCAUUAACUAUCCCCUGUCGUACGCAUCUGGUAGUAGUUAGAAACUUUCAUUUAUCACAAUUUAGUAGACUGUAUAGUACCCAGACUUUCUGCCAAGUAUGAUAAUGGUACGUCAAAUGGUUUGGUAACUGAGUAAGUAGCCACAUUUUAUUUAAGUGAUUUUAGACCAAUCUUAAUAUUUUUAGGUCUAGAAUCUACAACUUAGAAAUUCGACAUUCUUAAUGAAACUUAACCCUAAAAGGGCCCGUGGUAAUAUAACUCCAAGAAAAAAAAAGAAGAGAAAAAAAAGACAAAACAAUUUGUUAAUUAGUGAAAAAUUCCCAGGAACCCAAUUAUCGAAACGGCAUUUCAAAAUAUUUAAUUCCCGCGACGUUAUUAAAAAAACAGAUUAUAAACAAAUUUGAAUAAUCAAGUAUAUUCAAAUGGGAAAUAAGCCACAAGUUUACCUAAAAAUGAUUUUAUUAAUUUUAUUAAUAAGAACAAAAAUUUGAAUUUAUCAAUACAUUUAUCGAAAAUAUAAACAAAAUAAAAUCAUUUUUAGGUAAUAUUGUGGCUUAUUUCCCAUUUGAAUAUACUUGAUUAUAAAAAUGCCACAAGAAAAUAGCUUCAGAACAAAAUUUGAAUAAUUUUCAAAUGCCAUUUUAGGGGGAAGUUUAAUUGAAAUUUGAAUUUAUCAAUACAUUUAUCGAAAAUAUACACAAAAAUAAAAAUAAUAAGAUUUAAGACCAAUUUUUUUUUUUAUAUUAAUACUGAUAACAUAGCGCAACUUUACCUGUAAAAUAAGAUAUUUUAUAGUGUUUAUUUAAAACGCUAAAAAUAAUUUUUUGCAAAUUUGUUUGUAAAGUUUUAUGUAUAAUUAUUUAAAUAUAUAGGGGGUCAAAUUUAAUUUAGUAAGUCUUAUGUGAAAGAUUUACCCUUCAACUUUGCAGAAAACAAUCCUAUAUACUUCCAUUGGUAAUUGAAUGACCUCAGCAGUUAAAAAAGUAAUUUUUUUUUACAAAUGACCCCUUUUUAAUUAUUUAAACAAUGAUCCCCUUGUAUGAUUUGGAUACUUUCUUGAAAAUAUCUUUUGUACCUACCUAAACUUUGAUAUAAAAUUUGUUUCAACCUGUACGAAUUUACAUUUUGAUUUACAUGUAGUAUAAUUUUAUUUUACUAGACUAUUACUAUUUUAUCCAUGUUGGCCUUGGUGAAUGUCCACGUCUGUGAACCAUACGUAAGUAUAGGGAGGAUACACUGAUCGUAAACACUGGUUUUCAAACAUUGUUCUAUUUUAGUGUUUUUCAACAUCCAACUCAGUUUUCCAAAUCCUGCCCACGCUAAUCUUAUUCUUCUGGUAAUUUUGGAAGUUUUAUUUUCUUUGUUAACUUUCAUUAUUUGUCCCAGGUAGAUGUAUUCGCUUACUGUUUCUAACUCUAUGUCAUUCAACGUCAUUUUUGUAAUGUUUGAUGUAUUCGUCAUUACUUUUGUUUUUUCCAAGUUCAUCUUAAGACCUACCUUUUCCGAAGCCUGAAAUAGUUGCGUCAUCAUGGUCUGUAAUUCUUUCAAACUUGUAGCCAAUAUUACAAUGUCGUCAGCACAUCGAACAUGACUCAGUUUUCUUCCAUUAACAUUUAUUUCUUUAUCUACCCAGUUAAUGUCUUUAAACACGUCUGCCAGUCCCAGUGUAAAUAGCUUUGGUGAAAUAACGUCUCCCUGACGAACUCCUCUGUUGAUUGGUAUAGCUUUGGUUUCAACUUCUGCAUUAUUUUUGGGAGUCAUACUAACACAAUUUGAAGACACUAAUGAACAGUGAUCUGGAUUUAUCAGAAUAAACGUGAAACUUAUCGUAAAUGCAAUAAAACAUGCAAAAAAUCUGUUGCUAGUAAACAAGAUAAAGUAUCUUUUUUGCCAAAGGUCAUAAUUUUAUUUCUAUGAAGACGCGAUCAUUUAAAAACAUUAAAAGAACCGAUUUUAUCGUUAUGAAUGAACGUUUUUUACUAGUAAUGUUUACUUCCCCCUAUUAAAACCAUUAUACACUGACAAAAUACAAAAAACAUACAAAAUUUAAGUGUUCGGAUUUUGUUUGAGCAGGAGGGUUUUUGUUUAUGUUUUUCUUGAUUUAUUGUAUCAAGAAAAUUUGAUAUACCUAUUAUCUAAAAGUUAGCUACUCGGCUGUUUGACUAUUCUUGAGGACAUUAUCUUUUUCCUUCAGUCUUUACUACUAAUUAUUUUCAUCAAAGCUUCUAUUUUUUCACGGCCUUGUAGUAAGUUUCAAUGUCCUAUCGUUACUUUAAAUCCAUACAAAACUAUUUCUCCAACAGUCACUGUUAACGGAUCAAUUCGACUUUGGUUUUUUGUUUUGUCGACUUUCGGCCUACACAAAAAAUAUAUGACUCAAAGUUCUUUUCCUAUGAAAAUACUUUGAUUUUUUUGCUUAAUGUCUCUUGUUAAUAUUUUAACAUCAUUUUUUCGAUACUUGGUUUUGGUUAUAUAUACCUCAUAAUUGCAAUUGAAUCAAUAAAUGUUACCAAGCUUUUUUAUGAAAAUCCUUACGAGUUGAGUCCCAAUAAUGAUAUAAACCUUUCGUAAAAAAAAUCAAAAGCAUAUCCUUCUUUGGGACAAAUUUCUGUAUGUGUAACUACAAUUGAAAGUGAUUGUGGGUGAAGAUCUAGGAAACUAGAUGGAUUUAUAUUUUACCUCUAAUACGAAAGAUCACAACUUGACAAAAAAACUAGAUCACAGUGAACAAACUUGAGAUAUACUCAACAACUCAGCUUGAGAACAAGUUGAAUUUUGCUGAGAAUGUCGAUGGUGGGACCCCAAAAAAAAGGUGCAAAAAAAUUUUCCGCUCCUACCCCCGGGCUUUCCGCUAAAAUCCCCGUCUUCGUAGGGGGAGGACAGGAAAACAUCGGUAGCUGAGAUAUGUACAAAAAUGUUUAUUAGCACUUUUGUUUAGAAUGAACCGUUCUCUUAGAAACAACGGUCUGAGCUACCGGCGAUUUCGAAUGACAGUAACGCGCGCGAAAUCAAUUUAAAAUUUGUAUCAACUCAACAGUAAAAAUUCGACAUCUUUUGAUCAGAAUGUCCUAUCGACAAAAAUGCGUUUCAAAGCAUGCCUUUCGUAUGCACUUUUUGCAUUUUGUCUUAAAUACAGCCAGUUUCUAUAAAGCUGUUAAAAAAAUAAAUGUUUAAAUAAAUAAAUACGCGAUUUUUGCCGUUUUUAUAAGACUAAUGAAAUGUAUCACUUCUGACCGAUCUACCGCAGCUACCUCUCACUGCAGUUACAAUUCCGGCAAAGCAUCUUUUCAGUCCAAAGUACCUUUGCCACGGCAGAGUUCCAACUGACUCCAUUGCAUAAUUGCCGUUUGAGUUCCUUCCCAGUUCAGUACAGCAAGUGGAACUAAUUUCAUGAUCCUCGAUUCUCUUCUUAAAUACACUCUCGUUAACCUCAUCACUCCUUGGCUCCAUCGGAGAGGUGGCACGUAGUGGGUUGCGCUGGUAUAGAAACGCGUUCGGUCCUCUGUUGACGAACUGUCGAACGCCGGGUGGAAAGCACAUCGUUACAGCCUAAUCUUCAAAACCUAUAAUAGUCUGGGCAGAUUAUCAGAGAAUAGGCCAUUUUUGGGAAAAGUUAUUUACCAGCAAUUUUAUUGCUGGAAUCAAAUCUUAUGACUCUAUAUAUUAAUAAUAUAGGUAUGCAAAGUCCGCAGAUGGUGUGCUACUUUUUUUAUAAACAAAAUGGCGCCCGAAAAUUGUGGUUUUUUUUUCAAUUUUUGCUCUAUAACUCCAAAGAUUUUAACGUUACACCAAAAACACUCAAAUAAAAAUUCACCGUAAUUAAAUUCUGCAUAGAGACUUGUUUUUCCCGAUUUACUUCGACGAAAAUUUUUCACGGAAAAUGCAGGUUUUUCCAACAAAAUCUUUAAUUUUCAACUAAAAUUUUAGAUAAGUAAUUGUUUAUCAAUAAUUAAAUAACUUGGUAGUAUAAACGCUGUUUUCGUAUAGAUUAUAAUUCCAGAUGACUAUGGAAAUUAAAUGAACAGUUUAGCAACAAUUGACUUGUUAAUUAAAAAUUUACGGUCGCUAUAAUAACCACAAUAAUUAUGAUACAUAUAUGAUUUUUGUAUAAAAAGACUAUCUAAUGUACUUUACAGAAUUAAAAUUGGACUAUUUAAGCGGCCUCAGGAAUAUUUUAAAAUUAUAAACAAUUUUUUGGCUUAUAAAAAAAAUAGAAUAUCUCGGGAAAUAUUAAAUUAAAUUAAAUCAUAAAAAUGCAUUGGAAAAAAAGCGACGGGACGCUUCUUUUAAAAGAAAAAAACUUUUAAUUGUAAUGAGUGGUUCCUGAGAUACAACCGGUCAAAAUUGACCGGCAUUUACGGCAAUGAUAUAAACAAUAGGAUCAUAACUGUCGAACCAUCACCUUUUUAUUUCGGUCCUCUUUCUCAACAGCAAAUUUCAUAUCUUUAAAAUACUCAUAACAUAUAUUAUUAUAAUAAAAACUAUCGAUAUUACGAGUGAAAAUUGCCAAAAAUAGCAAAAUUCCAAUCAAAAAUUAGGUUGGAGAAAAUGUAAUCUCAAAGUUCAAAAUCGGUUGUACGUUAAAAAAUGCAUUUUCUCGGCUUCCCAUGGAGCAAUUUUCUUCAUUCUGUCAUUCUUCAUUUUCAAUUCAUUUGACUAACACAUUAUUAAAUGUCAAAGUAGCUUUUGUUUUGUUAUAAUAAAUUAAAUUAUUUAUGAUUAAUUAUUUAUAUGGGAAAUAAAUUAUUUAUUACAACAAAAAUUUUUAAUUUGUUUAAAUAAAGAUUGUUUAAAUAAUUAUACGGCUUUCAAAUGAGAAUAUUUGUGUUUUUAACGUUAAAAGGUACACUUGUAGUAAGUUUACCUAAAAAAGGUCUACAACUGGAAAAAAUAUGUAGUUUUCUUUUCUUAUAAAGAAAUUAAUCUAUUAUAACAAAACAAAAGUAAGUUUGACAUUUAAUAAUGCGUUGGUUAGAUGGCUCUACUCGAGUUACUUGGAAACAAAAAAAGAAUGAAGAAAAUUGCUCCAAGGGAAGCCGAGAAAAUGCAUUUUUUUAACGUAUACCGAUUUUGAACAUUGAGAUUACAUUUUCUCCAACCUAAUUUUUGAUUGGAAUUUUGCUAUUUUUGGCAAUUUUCACUCGUAAUAUUGAUAGUUUUUAUUAUAAUAAUAUAUGUUAUGAGUACUUUAAAGAUGUGAAAAUUGGUGUGGAGAAAGAGGACAAAAAUAAAAAGGUGAUUGUUCGAAAAUUAUGAUCCUAUUGUUUAUAUCUUUGUCGUAAAUACCGGUCAACUUUGACCGGUUGUAUCUAAGAAACCACUCAUCACAAUUCAACGGUUUUUCUUUUAAUAGAAGCGUCCUGUCGCUUUUUUCCAAUACCGAAAAUAUUCCUGAGGCUGCUUAAAUAGUCCAAUUUCAAUUCUGUAAAGUACAUUAGAUAGGUACAGUAUCUUUUUAUACAAAAUUCAUAGUUAUUCUUAUGUAUCAUAAUUAUUGUGGUGAUUAUAGCGACCGUAAAGUUUUAGUUAGCAAGUCAUUUGUUGCUAAACUGUUCAUUUAAUUUCCAAAGGCUUCUGGAAUUAUAAUCUAUACGAAAGGAGCUUUUAUACUACCAAUAUUUAAUUAUUAAAUCGGGAAAAACACGUCUCUAUGCAGAAUUUAAUUAUGGUAAAUUUUUAUUUGGAUGUUUUUGGUAUAAAGUUAAAAUCUUUGGAGUUAUAGUGCAAAAAUUGAAAAAAGCACGAUUUCCGGGCGCCAUUUUGUUUAUAAAAAAAGUAGCACACUAUCUGCGGACUUUGCAUAUCUAUAUUACUAAUACAUAUAAUAAUAAGAUUCGAUUCCAGCAAUAAAAUUGCUGGUAAAUAACUUUUCCUUGUAUUUUGCCCAGAUUAUAACAUAAGAUUUCGAUUUUGAGUUUUGGCAACAAAUAUGAGGGUACAUAUUUGAAAUAUGCCUUAAAAAUGAAUUUAACACAUUCCCUACACCUAGGGGUGAAUUACACCCCUACGAGGAGUGGUUUUAGAGAGAAGCCCGGGGGUAGGAGUGAAAAACUCUUUAAAUUUUUUUACAUAUUUUUUGGCGUCCCAAAAUUCAUAUUCUCAGCAAAAUUCAGCAUGUUUGUAUGAUUUUUACAGGUCAAUUCUGUGACAACUGGACUAUAUAAAAAAGUUUUUUUUU